AAUGGCACCAAAAUGUUGGUCAAAUCUGCCGAGUGACGUCAAACGGGAAGUUCUGGAACAUGGGGAUUGUCAGCAAUGGUUCAACGUACGCCUGUGCUCACGCGCCGACAUGAAUCUCGUAGAUUCGCUGAAAUUGCGGAUUCCAUUCUUGAAAAUUCAAAUUUCUAACACCACAUUUUCGAUAAUAAUCGUAGAAAGUCCAUCGGCAAUUUUACGAAUCGAUUUACACCAGAAAAGCGGUGGAAAUGCCGAAUUUUCUGUCGAAAUAUUCAAAAAUUCCGAUUUAGAAUUGGGAAAUUUGAUUAAAACCAUCGAAAAUACAACACUAGACGCCGAAAUCUCGAAUUUGCUGGAAAAAUCGAUAUUUCACCGAAAGAUCGACAUUGCCACGUGUCAAAUUCAAGCAGAUGGCUUGCAAGCGGAGAACCCGGUGUUGGCGAUGAUUCAUGCAAAAUUCACGGAAAACGCGCCGAAAAAGUUGAUUUUUUCGGGAAAAUCGAUGGAAGAAAAUCGAUUUUUGGCGAAAUUUUUCGAAAAUUUGAAUAUCGAUUUUGUUUUUCGAAGUUGGCGAAAGGAUUUAUCACGUGAAUGGGGAGAAGGUAUGAAUCAUUUGCGGAUUAAGAUAUUCGAAGUGUCGAAAUGGACGACACUGUUAGGAGACUUCGAGCACUUCACUGCCUAUGAUGAAAUUGAGCCGGUGAUGUAUAUGGCUAGAAUUCUAUCGCGUCCGAUGAAGCGAAGUCACUGGUUCCCUGGAUUCCACGUGCCAGUCGCUGAAAGAUUAUUCCGCCAGAUUUUCCGCCAGGAAAUGUUUGAAAAAUUCGAGAAUCACUCGAUUCGUAAAAGUCCGAUCAAUUUGAAAUUGUGGAUUUUCGUGAAAUUCACAAAAUGUGGAAUAUCGAUUUUUGUGGGGGAUCCCAAGGAUUUUAAUGAACGGGAUGGGACCUGCGAUCUGGAAUGGAUGUGCCCGAAUUGUGCUCCGAAAACUAUGGAAAACUGGUUUUUCCGCGAAACUAUUGGGAAAUUGCAUUUUUGAUUUUUUUUUUUCUGAAUAAAACUUUCUACGAAAC